CCCAACGGUCCCGGAUGCAGCUUCCUUCACAUUGCCAAACGGGCAAAAAUCCAAAGCGAGUGAGCGACGGACGGACGCACGGACGUGCUGGCGCCUCACACACAGUCCUCGCCUCGGUACACUCCCUCUCCUCCGAGCUUCUUCAUCAUCGUCUGAAAACAAUUUCAGUCUCACAGAGAGAGAGAGAGAGAGAGAGAUGGGGGUAGAGAUCGUGGAGCCAAACACCUGCAUCCGAGGAUGCUGCAGCAGCAAGACCAUCCCCUUGCAUCUCCCACCUUCUUCUUAUUCUAUCCUUUCCCCAAUCGCUCGAGGGGCGGAGAGUAUUGUUUACGAAGGGAGAUUGAAUGGGGUGAGAGUUGCCGUGAAAAAACCUAUUUUGUCUACUUCAGAGGAUAUCGAUAAAUUUCACAAGGAGUUGCAGCUGUUGUGCAAGUUGGAUCACCCAGGAUUAGCGACACUGGUGGCAGCGCAUGCAAAGCCACCCAAUUACAUGUUUUUCUUUCGAUUCUAUGAGUCACGUAAUCUCUUCGAGAAACUACAUGUAGAAGAAUGGAACCCAAAACUUGAUCAGGUGCUCAUGAUCACAGUGCAGCUAGCCAAAGCUCUGCAGUAUCUACAUAGCCUUGGGAUUGUACAUAGAGAUGUGAAACCAGCAAAUAUUCUUCUUGAUGAGAACCUUUGCCCACACCUAUCAGAUUUUGGUUUGGCAGAGUACAAAGGAGAUCUUAAACAAGUUUCUAUUGCAAAUUGGAGAUCAUCUGGCAAGCCAACUGGUGGUUUCCAUAAGAAAAAUAUGGUUGGCACACUCAUUUAUAUGGCACCAGAAAUAUUGAAAAAGGAGAUACACAGUGAAAAAUCAGAUGUCUACAGUUUUGGGGUGUCCAUCAAUGAGCUUCUUACUGGUAUUGUUCCAUACACUGAUCUUCGAGCAGAAGCCCAGGCCCACACUGUGCUGGAAAUGAACUACACUGAACAGCAACUUACAGCAGCUGUGGUGUCUGAAGGAUUGAGACCAGUCAUUGCGUGUCUUGAUUCAGGUGCUCCAGCAAGCUUACUGUCGUUGAUUCAAAGGUGUUGGGAUGCAAAUCCUCAAAAUAGACCGUCUUUCUAUGACAUUGUUUUGGAACUUGGUCCAAUAUUGGAGCACAGAAUGAGUGUGAUGGAAGAGAAAAUGGUCUCUGGUGAUCCCUCUGUUUCUCCUGGAGAUUAUCUCAUAAACGACAACAACAAUGUUCGAACUUAUCAAGAAAGUAUUAAUUGGUUCAAUCGGGGGGAACGUUUUUCCAGUAAUGCUUCCCUUGGUGCUUAUUCUGGUUUGAGAUUCUGGCUUGAUUCGUUGCAUGAUCCUUUGGCAUACCAUCCAGUACUUUCUUGGGGAUCCUUCUCUACUUGUGGAAGAAGGGAGGCUAUGGAGGAUACACACUUCCUUAUGCCCCAUGCAUGGAAUGAAAAGGAUGUCUAUGUGUUUGGAAUCUUUGAUGGUCAUCGAGGUGCAGCAGCUGCUGAAUUCUCAGCUCAAGUUUUGCCAGGGUUUCUACAAACAUUGGGUUCCAUGAGGAGUCCUCCCGAUGCGCUAGUGGAAGCGUUUCUUAAGACUGAUGUUGCAUUUAGGAAUGAAUUGGAAUUACUUCGUAAAGCUGGAGGUGUUAUUAAGAAAGACUGGCAUCCUGGCUGUACGGCAAUUGCCGCUCUAGUAGUGAGAAACAAACUUUUUGUUGCGAAUGCUGGUGAUUGCAGGGCAAUCUUAUCUCGGGCUGGCCAACCCCAUGUUCUUACUAGGGAUCAUGUUGCAAGCUGCCCUGUGGAGAGACAGCGUGUUAUUAAUGCAGGGGGACAAGUCAAGUGGCAAGUGGAUACAUGGAGGGUUGGUCAGGCUGCUCUUCAGGUUACACGCUCCAUUGGUGAUGAUGAUCUGAAGCCUGCUGUAACUGCUGAACCUGAGAUAACAGAAACUCUUCUGUCCGCAGAGGAUGAAUUCCUGGUAAUGGCUAGUGAUGGACUGUGGGAUGUUAUGAGUGAUGCAGAGGUCUUAAACAUAAUCAGGGACACUGUUAAAGAGCCUGGAAUGUGCUCUAAGAGAUUGGCGACAGAAGCAGCUGGACACGGCAGCAAAGAUAACAUCACAGUCAUUGUCGUUUUUCUGCGCAGAGUCUCCACAGCGGAGAGAAUUUACUAGGUUUAACUUUUCUUUUUUACUUGAGAACAGUAACUGUUGUGGUUGUAGGUUUGUAGUGGUGAGAAAAGUGAAUCUAAUAAUCCAUAAAAUAAAACUUGUGUAUUAUUCCUUUUGUGAGGGUGAGCAAUGGACCAAUUGUGAGGUUGUUAGACUCAAACCAGGUUCAAGUCAACAAAGCUACCUCUAUAAUUGUGGAGGUAAAGCUGGGUACACCAUGUCCUCCCCAGAAUCCAAUAUGAUGUGGUAUCCUUUUGCACUUAAUGUUAUGUUUAUCAUCUUUUAGUGGGGAAAUUUGGCUA